AUGUUCUGGCCUCAAAUCUCGGGUUUUGUCCAAAAUGCACUUCAGGCGAGUCUACAGAUAGAGAAACCUUUGCAUACUUACUCUCAUGAAGAACUUUAUAGAAGUAUAUAUUGGAUGUGUUGGCAAGGUUUUCAGAAACGACUUUAUUCAGAUUUGACCUCGGUAAUUGAAAGAACUUUAGAGGCACUUGGAAAUCAAUUAGAAAAUGAUAAGCAAUUUGACACAUGGUUCUCGAAUUUUCGACAAAUAUGUGUUAACCAUGCAAAAGCUACAGAAAUUUUGGGGAGUGUCUUUGCGUACCUGGAUAAAACAUAUAUACAAUAUACUCUUCGGGAAAGCUUAAGGGAUGUCUUAGUAGAUCGAUUUCAACGUCAUAUUACCGAAAAAUCGGAAAUGCGCAUUAUUUAUACAUUUAAUUUGGUACAUGAUAAUCCCGAAUUAGUGGAAUUAAAUGAUGUAAAAGAUGUUUUGAAGGCAAUGUAUAAGAUUAAUAAUAUAUAUUUGAAUCCGACAUUAUUUCAAAAUUUAAUAGAAGAUAUUAAAAUACCCAGCAAUUUUGAAGAUAUCCGAGUUCGACAUACUGCUUUAGAAACCAAGUAUCAAUUAGAAAAAUUAAAAAUUGAAGGAUGGGAAUCUGGACAGUCAUUCCAACCAAAAAGAUCAAUAACUAUGAUGAAUGAAGGUGAAGAAAGACAAGAAGAAUUCUCAGCAAAACGCCGACAGUAUUAA